CCAGAGAGACGCACUCGCUCUCCAAAAACACACAUUCACACACAGGCACUCAGACACUGGGUCCCAGCGGUCCGGCAUGGAGGUGCCAGGAUCAGCCUGGAUGGAGCUCUGCAGUGUGCUGGAUGGAGAGCCUGUGGACUGACGCCCUGUUCUGCAUUGACUGGAAACCUCAGCAGACUGCUUCACCAUGGAGUUUGGAAGAGUUUGGUCCAGAUAUCAGAGGACAGUGCUGAUUACCGUGAUGAUGUUCAAACUGGGUCUUCUAUGCACAGUGGCAGCAGACAAGUGUCUCCCAUCUCCAUGCAACAAUGGUGCCACAUGUCUUGACCACCUGCAUGACUAUGUGUGCCUGUGCCCCAAAGGACCAGUGUGGUACAUGGGCAAAAACUGCGAUGAGCUCUAUGAUGCCUGUAUCAUGGCACCUUGUAACAACUGUACCAGCAGGCCAGGGACUGGUGAGUUCACCUGCCACUGUCCGGACGGCUUCACAGGGCUCAACUGCACUGAGGAUGUAGAUGAAUGUCACAGCAAGCCCUGCAAUGGCACCAAGUCCUACUGUAUCAAUGGGAUCAAAGGAUAUUCUUGCCACUGUCCCCCUGGAUUCGGAGGCAAGGACUGCCAGAUUAAUGUGACCACUUGCUCAGAGGGAACAUGCCAGAAUGGUGGCACCUGUGUGGACAUCCCUGACACCGGGCACCAGUGCCAGUGUGCUGCUGGGUACCAGGGGACAAACUGUGAGGAGAACACAGAUGAAUGCCUGUCCGAGCCAUGUCAGAACGGAGCCAUUUGUAAAGACGGGGUUAAUGCCUACCAGUGUUUCUGUGUGCCUGGAUUUCAAGGGUACCACUGUGAUUUGGACAUCAAUGAGUGUGCCUCCCUGCCCUGUCAAAACAACAGCACAUGUCUGGAUGAAGUAGAUCAUUACACAUGUACCUGUGGUCCUGGCUUCAAAGGGAUUAACUGCGAGGUGGAGAUUGAUGAGUGUGAGGUGCACCCCUGCCAGAAUGGCGCCACCUGCCGGGACUACAUUGCCACAUACAGGUGUGAGUGUAUGGCCGGAUUCCAGGGCCAAGACUGCGAGGUCAAUAUUGAUGAGUGUCUCAACACACCCUGUCUGAAUGAGGGCAAGUGCAUAGACGGGGUCAACAGCUAUGAAUGUGACUGUGAGUGGACGGGCUUUGUCGGCAACCACUGUGAAGACGAUAUUCUUGAAUGUGCUUCUGACCCCUGCAAACAUGGAGCCACCUGUCUGGAGGGAAUCAACCAGUACAAAUGCCUUUGCUGGCCAGGUUAUGAGGGAGAGAACUGCCAGGUGGAUAUAGACGAGUGUGAGCAGCUUCCCUGUGAGAAUAGUGGCAAAUGUUUCCAGCGUUCAGAUGCCCAGAACUACGGGAUGCUGCCUGAACUCGGCACGACGCCCCUCACAUAUGAAGGGGCAGCUGGCUUCAUCUGCCACUGUCUGCCUGGUUUCACUGGAGACAACUGCUCGGUCAACGUGGACGAGUGUGAGUCUGCUCCUUGUCAGCAUGGAGGACACUGCCUGGAUCUGGUCAACUCUUAUCAAUGUGCGUGUCCAGACGGCUUCACAGGCGUACACUGUGAGGUGGACAUCAACGAGUGUGACAGUUAUCCCUGCCAGAAUGGCGCCACGUGCGAAGAUGCUGCCAACUCCUAUAGGUGUUACUGCCCGAUGCCAGAGCCUGGCCAGGAACCCUGGGGUGGGCGAGACUGUGACGUCCGCCUGGUUGGCUGCCAACAGCACCAGUGUCAACACAAAGCAGGUUGUGACCCAAUGUUGACUGAUGAUGGAGAGCACAGCUACACCUGCCUGUGUCCGCCCGGCUGGAACGGAGAACGCUGCAACACCUCAACCACCUUCUCCUUCAACAUGGAGGGCUACAUCCACAUGCAGCUGCCAAUUUCUGAAAACAGGACUAGGCGAGAGACUGAAGACCAUAAUCACGGGCUGCACAUGCAGCUCAGAUUCAAGAGCACUCUGCCUGACAUGGUGCUGUACUACCGGGGCACCAUGGAGCGAUUUGUCUCCUUGGAGCUACUUAGUGGCUCCCUCCAGGCCAGGGUGAAGUCAGGGAAGGUGUUGCAUGUCAUUUACCCUGGUCAAGUCAAUAAUGGAGACUGGCACCAGGUCUCUGUGACCAUGGAUGAGAGGCUGGUCCUCACUGUAAAAGGACUUGGCUGUGAGGAAGGGUGCCAGGUGAAGAAUGAAGGCCACAACCAUCUGAUCUUUCUUCAGCCCAGCUCGUUUCAACAGCUGUAUGUAGGAGGGGCACCGCAGGAAUAUUUAGGCCGGACGUCCAGUGGUAGGGGGUUCAUUGGCUGUAUGGAGGACCUCUAUGUUGACCAUAAGCUGCUUCUGCCUCAGGAUCUCAUCAGAGAGGAGAACCAGGGUCUGGAACUGGGAUGCACCAAAAAAGACUGGUGUCAGGAUGACCCAUGCAUGCAGCGUGGGCAGUGCGCGGACAUGUGGGUUCAUGCCAGAUGUCAGUGUCACCGUCCCUACUAUGGAGAGAGCUGUGAGAAAGAGUACCCAUCGUGGACUUUUGGCCAUGAGAACACCACCAGCUACUCUGCCUUCAAUAUCUCAGAAACCCAUGGAGAAAACUUCACUGUUUCCUUUUUAAUGCGCUCCCUCAAACACAAUGGCCUGCUCCUGCAGUUCAGACGAGAGGGAAAGCCAUACCUGACGAUCUAUUUGAAGGAAGGCACUGUUGCUAUCUACAGCCCUCACACAACACUGCUGACAGAGGCUAAGUUUGUCACUAAUGGCAGCAAUAAUUUGGUGACUGUUAAGGUACACCAUGGCCAUGUCGUCUUCCCCAGAGCGGGAAACCAUCGUGCCUUAGGGAAUGUGAGCAUAGAGGCAGGGGAUGUUGUGUAUGUUGGGGGUCUCCCAGUGAGCAAGAGCAUGAACGCCUGGGGUGGAAACUUCAAAGGGUGCAUGCAGGACAUUCGGCUGGACCACAAGCAUCUGACUACUGAGGAUCAUCCAGAGAAGAUGGAGGUUUACCAGGCAAGCACAGAGGAGAACAUGCUGCCAGGAUGCCAAAGUGAUGACACAUGCAAGGAUGAGCCCUGUUCCAAUGGUGGACAGUGUCAGGUCACGUGGAAUGACUUCAAGUGUGAAUGUUCCAUCAGCUACUCAGGCCGGCUGUGUGAGACACGUCUAUGGUGCAUCGACAACCCUUGUUUUGAUGCAGUGCGCUGUGUGGACCUACAGGAUGGUUAUGAGUGUUUGACUGAAGCCAUUUUCCAGGACAACUCUCUCCAGUAUGUUGCCAACAGUUCCCUGCUGACCCCUGUAACUAACAUCACAAUGGAUAUACGAACGCGAGAUGAGAAUGGGAUCUUGUUGCGGGCCACCAGUAGCGCCGAGGUCUUCUGCCUGGCUCUGCUCAACUCUUCUCUGCUGGUCAAGCUGGACAGCGGCGAGAGUGCAGAGCUGCUGGCCUUUACAAGUGACAGGAUCAUCGCAGACGGAGCGUGGCACCACAUCCAGCUGACCAUGGUCGACCCCACACAAUCAGCAUCCCGCUGGCGCCUUACUGUAGAUGGAGAAAGAGUAGGUGGCAGCUUCGGCGUUGGCGGCAACCUCAACUUCCUAAAUGAUACGAUAAUCUGGCUGGCUGAGAAAUACACUGGAUGUUUAGGGGAAGUGAGAAUGGGUGGAAUCUACCUGCCACUCAUUAAUGUACCAGAUGCCCCACAGAUGAGCCGCUUCUCCAGACUGGGUGGCCAUGAGCCAACAAUAGGAUGCCAGGGUGCACCAAUAUGUGAUUCCCAGCCCUGCCUCAACCAGGGUGAGUGUCAGGAUCAGUUUUUUGAGUUUAACUGCAGCUGCAGUGCAGGAUGGGAGGGGAAGCUGUGUGAGACAGAGAUAAACGAGUGCUCUUCGGGUCCCUGUGUCUACGGCACAUGUAAAGACCUCCUGGCAGACUACCAGUGUGACUGUGAGCCUGGAUACAAAGGGAAGGACUGUCAAGAGGAGGUGGAUAAUUGUCUGGAGUUCGGCUGUGUGAAUGGAGGAACCUGCGUGGAAAAUGUGGGAAUUCACACGUGUUCCUGUCCUCAUGGCUUUGUCGGAAAGCGCUGCCAGUGGCGUUUCCCUCCAGUGACAUGUGAUGCAAACACAAAAUGUCUUAAUGGAGGGGUUUGUAUAGGAGGCGACUCGGGAGGGAACUGCACCUGCAGGCCGGGAUACACUGGAGACAGGUGCGAGACAGAAAUAGACGAGUGUGAGUCCAGCCCUUGUCUCAACGGUGCCACCUGUCUGGACAGACUCAACCACUUCAAGUGUGUGUGUGUGCCGGGCUUCAGCGGCACGCUGUGCGAGAGCAAUAAAGAGGAGCAUAUGGAGCGAGUUCCCUGGCUGGUGGUGACCAUCCCUCUGACCACCCUGUGUGUGUUACUGGCCAUCCUGGUGGUGUUUUUCCUCAUCAUGACGGCGCGGAAGAAGCGCCAGUCGGAGGGCACGUACAGCCCCAGCUCACAGGAGGUAGCAGGUGCCAGGCUGGAGAUGGGCAGCGUCCUCAAAGUGCCCCCAGAAGAGAGGCUGAUCUGAGUCCUGCAGUUCUGCCUCGCAGCCUUACAUCCAGUGGAUGUAGUGUGUCUACAGUAUCUAAAGGGCCUAGAGAACAUGUGCUCUGCAGUGUCAAACUGCUGGGCUCUCCUGCCCUACAGGAAAAAAAGAUGGAGGAUAAGUCAACGAUCCUCCGUCUGGGAAAACUACUGAUGUUGAAGCCUCAGAGGUGGACAGGUAAAGGCCAGAGGUUAGAGAGGGGCAGUCGGCUCAUUACUCAAUCUGUCCUGUCAGGGGCGGUGUGGAUGUCCCCUUGUAAGGUUAAGUGUUGAAGACAAUCUCAAGCUUGAUUCACAUGGGACCAAAGGCCAACAAGGAGCACAUGUACUAAAGGAAUGCCCCAAACCUGUGGGUACUGAGAAGUGUAUUCACACAGACUGGUUCAGCAAAGCAAAACCUUAUUUGAAUUGAAAACCUUCCUCUGCAGAUUCCACAUCUGACUCUGUUUAGCAUGACAGGGGAAAGAGGAAUGUGUAGAUGGAGGAAAAAUACAUCUGAAACAAAUUACAUUUAAAUCUGCAUGAGAAUAGAGUUUAAAAUAAAGUUAAGCAUACAUAUUAUCAGGGGAACCCUUUCUUACAUGCUUGCUGUAAUAGUAUAACUUGCAUAUACAAGGAGACAUAAAUUAAUUUGAAUGCAGGGUUUAUCUCGUUAGAGGUCCCUUGUUCAUGAUACUCCUGCAUUUGUUCAACUCUGAUGCCAUAAUCGGCUCUGCCACUUGAUUUUUAUCUCUUUUGAAGGCAAAUUUGUUAUUUCAGCUCUUUUGUCUGAUUGGAUUAACUUUUCCUUUGCUGAAUCAGAUUUUUCUUUUUAAAUUUACAAUCUUGUCUCAACCACUGGUUUUCAAUAAUACUCGUUAGUGGGAGGAGAGCAUCCUCAGGUUGAAUGCAGUUGUCUUCCAUCAUGUGUCUGCAGGCUGUCAUUCCCCCAGACCCCACCAGCCUCUGCUACGAGUAGCCUCCUCCUUAUCAACCUGCUGCUGCAGUCUGCACUGUGAAUGGAAAGAUGCAAACCGUGAGGAACUCUCCUGAAUGUGCAGAUUUCUGUAGAUUCUGCAGGCGUCAAGAAAUGUUGUUGCUGUAUUACAUUGUCAGUGUGCACUGUAUGGAUAACAGGUUAACCCCUUUACCCAUUUCUGUUACAGAGUGAAAUUCUGAAUCUUUUAUCCAUAUCUUUGUGUUGAGUAGAAGGUGUUGCUGCAGUUUGUCACUGUAUUUUUAUUUUUCAUCUUCAAUGUAAACAGUAUUUCAUUGUAGAGAUCUUAUUUUUGUGGUCACAGUAGGUCACAUCAGUAUUUGUGGAAAAUAAUAACUUCAGACUGUGUCAGAAACAAAAAAGCGAGAAAGAACGUCUCCUUGGAUUAUAAUUGAUUUAAAGAAAUACUUAAAUAUCAUUUGGAAAUAGGGUUUUUCAGUUCUGUCCAGGGGUGAAUCAAUCUCUAUGUGUGAAACAUGGAGCCGCAGGCAAAUACAGUUAGCCUGGCUCUGUUCAGAGUAAAAACAUACACCUAUCUAUUGAAUUGAAUUGAAUUUCAUUCGUAUAGCCGCAAAUCACAGCAUACAUUAUCCCAAGGCACUUUACAUAGUACGUCGAGACCUUACAAUAUUACAGAGAAACCCAACAGUUGAAUAUCAGUCAGUAAACACAUUUGAGCUGUUUCAUCCGCACACAAACAGAAAUGUAAAAUUACUGUUUGUAAUUAAAGAACGACUCUGGUGACUGUGCAGUGAGGUUGUAAGGGACUUAAACUAAAACCAGAAAGUAUUUUUUUCACAUUUCUGUUGAUGCACAGAUAAAACAAACCAUAUCCAAAAUGUUACCUGGUGAACUUUACAGGUGCUUGCAGGCAUAUUAUUUAUGAAAGUCACAAUUGACAACUGAAUAUGAAUGAGUAAAACACUGGUUAAUGUAGUAUUGUUGGUAUUCGUAUUAUUGUCUUUUUAAAAAGGAGGAUUUUGAACAUGAUCUGUGGAGUCACAUUUACUGUGGGGUUGGCAACACUGUCCACACACUUCACCUGUUUUAUUUUUGAAGGCUCUUAGUUCCAAUGAAAACAAAUCUUAGUGCUACAGCUUACAGUAAGAUGUUAGAAAAUAUAGUUCUUCCAUCUACAGUACAUGACACCACAUUGUAUUUGUCCUAUCCCUUUGUCUGCAUGACACAAAGCCAGGUGCUAAAAGAAUUGUGUUCUUCCCAGUUUGCCUGACCUCAACCACACAGACUGUGAGUGAGACCUCAUCAGCCAACAUCAGUGUGCAGCUUCACUAGAAUGGGAGGGAAUCCCUGCUGCAGCUGGUGGAAAGGCUGAACUGUGAACAGUGACGGUUGUAUAGCUACACAUACCUGCCCAUGAGUUAAAAUGUGUAGAAUGAUCCUGUGUCCACAUACAUCUGACCAUGACGUAUACCUUUAAUGAGGGUGAAAAGAGUUCUAUAUCUAUUAGAGGACAUGCUUCAGUGAAACAUCUACCUAUUGCAGAAGGCAACAUGUUUUAUGUUUCAUUGUAAAUGCAGAAAUUAGAUGAAUAAUGAAAAGAAAGUAAAUACAACACAAGUCUGACCAAUGUAAGCAUAAAGGGUAAAUGUACCAUUAUAAAAAGUGGCCUCUUUAUGAAUACAUAAAGUACAGUUAAAUUAAAUUCUCAAAACAGUCAAUAUGACUAGCAAAGAGAACCAGGUCUUCAGUUCAUAUCCCCUGUCAACAAAAACUCACAAGUUCCUCCAUGUUUACUUGGUGUCAGUGUUACGUUCAUUAUGUCAGGCUUUUGCCCCAGAGCGAUGUUGAACUACAAUGAAAGGAACUCAGAACACAUGAUUUAAGGAAAAAAUGUUGCAGCCCUCUGUUUAUAUGCAGGAUUAUAAUUUGACGGCAGUUUAACAUCUAUCUGGAGAACAGCAAAGAAAAACAAAUGGAAAUAAAGCAACACUAUGUAACCUUUGAUGAGCAUCAGUAGCCUCUGCCACUACAUGUGGUACUUCAUUCUGAGCAUGAGCAGCUUAUCAGUUUUCAUGUACAGAAAACAAAGCCAUCCGUCUCUUGACCGGAGACCCGACUGCAUCGUCCCACACACUGAACUGAAAAGAAUGGCAUGGAUUCCUCAUGAUCCCUGGCUUCCUGAUGUGGAAGUACUGUUGCUGUGACAAGGCCAAUUCCAUCCCAUUCAAUGUUGUUUUUUUCUUUUUACCCAGCUGAGAUUUUAUAUGUUUGUGGUUCACACUCAACCAUUAUUUAUUACUGGCUUUUAUAUAAGAAUUUACUUUCUGUCAAUUCCAAAUCUCUGUAGGUCAUAAGGUCAAGGGACUGUGAGAGAUAAUAUUUCGAUACAAAUGGGUGUGGUCAAACUCAGUAAACUGUUAUUUCCCAAUUUUCCACACUGCGGUUGCGUCUCCCACUAUGUCUGUGAGGAUGCAGGUCAGAAAUCACUUAAUGCUCCUUUAAAAUGAGUGUUUGUAUGAAUGUACAGUAUGUGCAUGGUGAGUCGUAUGUGCCUUCAUGCUCUUCUGCAUCAAUGAAACCCAUUUUCAGACGGAUUCAAGCCUUUGUGUCGACUGUACUGGAGGUCACUGACAGAAACCUCAUAGUGAUUUCUACUCAAAUAUUCACAUGGGGUUCAACACAUGAUGGUGUAACAGACAUACAGUGUUACGAUACUGAUCAGAUGAUACAUAUCCCAGCUAUGUACAAAGGAUUUUACACUGGAGUUGUUUUUACCUAAGCUGUACCAUGCACAGCCACUGUAUUGAUCAGUACAUGAUGAGUUCUAUUCCAAAAUAAUACACUACACAGUAAACUUUGUUUUAGUUUUUUUUUCCAGAUUGUAGAUUGUGUUGCAAAAGGAACGAGCUACAACUUGUACUGUAACUCUGCAACUCACUAAUGCUCAUAUUAUGACUGACAAUGUCUUACAAUUUGCUACUAUUUGGAGCUGAAAGUAAUUUGGAAAUAUUCAGAUCCAGUUUCCAGCCUCAUUUUGGAAUUUAACUCAUCUGUACCGAGAGCUCGAUAUGAAGAGGUGUUUAUGUUUUUUCUGUGACGUAAGAUGUAUACUUUUCAUUAAAAUGAUGUGUGUAUAGUGGGAAGCGCCAUUGAAAUUGCAAUCAAAAUUGUUAGAUAUGAAACAUGUCUUAAAUUUUUUAGAAAAAAUAAAACCCAAAUAGAUGAAAAUG